AUGAAGGUCAUAAGUGACCCGACUCCAUUUCUCACCUUCUCCUUCAUCGUAUUCCUCUGUCAUUCCCUGCCAAGAAGCGCCAUAUCGCGGAUCAUGAAGCGACAAUUCAGGGAUGUGCAACCCGCGCUCUCAUUCUCAACACGGGAGACUGUCAUCUGCCUUGAUUUCACUGCAAGUGAUCAUUGA